UCAGAACGUGACCUGGCUGCCUUUGUAGAUGGCCUCCUAAGGGCAGCCGAGAUGUUUCCUUUCACAUUUUCUUCCUCCAACACCUUAAGGUGAUGCUAUAGGAGGCUGUCAUGCCAUACUGCUCACCACUCAGCUAAAUAUAGGUCCUCCUAAUCUUCCUGGAUACGUUCAUCCACUGUAGUACAACUGUAUCACCUUGCUACUGCUGACAGCUCCGAGCAGAGAUGUUUCAGGAAAGCUUUUAUCAGGUCCGGCGUGGUGCGGAGCGCAUUCUCCGGAGUUCUUCGCGCAGACACCACAAUUUUGGGCAGGGGUCUUUGCCAACUAAGUAACCUGCUGCACUCAAGAUGGCCGUCUGAAGUGGAUGCACGUGUAGAAGUCGCAGAGCCGCGUGGCCCGAGACGACACACCUAAGAUGGCGGAGGACUUCCUGAGCAGCACCCUGUCGGCAUCAGAGCGGGCGGCCCUGCCCGCGCCCUCCUCGCUGACGCUGGAGCAGAAGGCGGCCUUCGUCUUCGUCCUGCUGCUCUUCGUCUUCCUCGGCCUGCUGAUCGUGCGCUGCUUCCGCAUCCUGCUGGACCCCUAUCGCAGCAUGCCGUCCUCCACGUGGACCGACUACAUGGAGAAGGACACUUUCGACUAUCGCAUCGCCUGAGCACCGCACCACAGGGACCAGGGACCCCUGAGAGUCUCCCGGUGUUGUCCUCAGCCAUGUAACCUCUUCUUAACCCUUUAACAGUUAAAAAAAACUUUUGUAUUCGUUAUUUUUAUUAAUGCCUAGCCAUUACACUGCUCAUCAGUGGGCAUUUCGAUUGUUUCACUCAGUAGAAAGAACACUAAAAGGUGUAAAUGUGAAGCGUAAGUACAGCACAUCUCACCAAGCCUCUAGGAUAAGACUGUUGAGCCUGGGAUUAAGUCAAAAGGAGAUGUAGCUAUAGAGGUGGAAAUUUCAGGUCCAAAAAGUACAAAUCCAGACCAAGAUUUUGUUUCAACCCAGCCACUUAAGUGCUCUGUGACUCUGACUCUUUAUACUCAACUGGUUGAUCGAAACAGAAUCUUGUCUGGAUUUGUACUGUCAGGACCAGCACCUUCCACCACUGUGCAGCUAGUGGGAUGUAUACAAAGGUUUCUACGUGCUUAGAAACCUUCCCUUUAAUCCCUUUGCCUGAUUAUUGUCGAAAGACUUUUAUCUGAAAUCUAUGCUGAAAAUUUUGAUUAGUCUAACUGAAGAGCAAAUUUCCAAAUCUCACUCAGUCCACAGGGUACCUGAAGGGAAUAUGUUUGUAAGUAAGUAUCAUGUCCAUGGACUGAGUUUUGUACAUUUAACAAAAGUUCUUCGCUGGAGUUCAUGAGGACUGGAUUUGGUUCCCAGUACUGUAACAUAUGAUGAGGAAGCCUGACUUUAGGUCAUUGGCGGUCUCACACAACAAAGAAUGGACUGAGUGAGUUUGGGAAAUCUGCUAUUCAGUCCUGAUAAGAGAGGUAUCAGUAAGUCUCCUCACAACCCAGCCCUUAGCGAAAGAGCAUCCCAAGGACCUGUCCGCACCAAACAAACGAGCCCCAGCAUGAUCAACAAAUCCGCAGAAGCUAACGCCCCAGGCUGCCGCCCAGAGUAACCCUUUCCCUCUGACACAUAGCCUUUCUGCUCUAAAUCACCGCUAACUUUCCCCAGCACAGUUUAUAGCAUACAGACUGUAUAUUUCCACCUCUGCGGAAGGUGUGCAGUCGACUCUUAAACUCCCUUUUCAAUGGCACUGGAAAUUUACCCUUUAAGGAUUACUGCGCUGCCACCUCAAAUAGCAAGCAGACAUGAAAGGUGUAGAAUUUUUAUCCCCUAAUCCACAGCCAAGUUUGCUGUUUGUAGUCCAGGGCUCUGUCAGUAUCAAACAUGCAGCAGAAGUCACCAUUAUAAGGAUAUAACUGACGGCUUAGAUGACUAAUGAAAAACUAAGACUCUGCUGAGGUACACUGGAUUUUGAAGGAGUACCCAAAAAGUAAAGUAAUUUGUUGGUUAUAGUACAGUUAUCAGGGACAAUGUGGUUUUAUCAGUUGAAGCUGAUGUAGGUAUGACACUUUAAUACAUAUAUGAGAUUUUCACCUUCUGCUGUUGAGUAGUUGUUCCUGAAUGAAGACUAAUGUCACCCCUCCAGGCUAUAGCCACUGCGGGAGAGAGGAAGCAGUCACACUAAUGCAGUGUUUCUCAAAUGUGGUCCUCAGGGACCCCCUGACAGUCCACGUUUUUGUGUGGACUGUCUGGCAGGGAGCUGGGAGGGAGCAAAAAUGUGGACUGUCUGGGAGGGAGCAAAAAUGUGGACUGUCUGGGAGGGAGCAAAAAUGUGGACUGUCUGGGAGGAAGCAAAAAUGUGGACUGUCUGGGGAUCCCUGAGGACCAGGUGGGGAAACAUUCCAUUAAUGCAAAGCCAACAGUGAAAUCUAACCCUUUUCAAAAUAGCAGAUUAUGCGAGGCAUGGAUAUCAGAAUGUGUGUGUUGAAACAUCCAGCUGGGACCCAAUGAAGGUUCAAGAGCAUCAUUGUUUACAUGUUUAUAAAUAUGCAUAAUGGCACGUCUUUGAGUUCGUGAAGGUGAUGCAGUUGGGGGGUCAAUGGUCCCUCGGGUCAACACCAAAGCUGGAGAUUCUCUUUCCCCACUUUGCACUUGGUAGAAGUCCUUCACACGUGUCUCAGACGUAAGCUGUAAUCUGUGGAUUAAUGGGGUUUACAUUUGGUUCAUGUUUUGUGGGCCGGUGUUUGUCACAGAAUUUUAAACCGAUCAAGAAUGAAAAUAUGUGGAAUCGAUACAAUGAAGGACUAGAAAUAAAAAUGCUUUAGAUACAAAACUUGGUUUUAGGCACACAAACCUCCGUGGUGGGUAAAGUAUUUGCUUUAAAAUUCCGCAAGCAUGAUGCAUUAAUGUCAGGAGUCAAACGGCGAGAUUUGCACAAGUGUGAGUCACAUUGAUUAUGAAACUAUCCCUUUAUCGCCAGUGUCUGUUACUCUUCGUCAGUAAAAGACCCCAUCGUCGGUACUCUGCCUUAUGAAACUGCGUGUUUACAGUGUAAAGCUGGCCAAGCUGUAACUGAAUCACCAUGGUUUCUGUCACUGCUGAAACGUCAGUCAUGCCGAGGUUCCGUAGUACAUGUAGGUUCACUGUACUGAUGGUGUGCAGUCAUGUGAUCUUCUUUACUUUGGUUCAUUAGCUGAUCCAUGAGCACCUCUAGCACUAAGACUGUCUGCACGUUCAACACCUGCUCCCUUCAGCGCACUGAGGACGGUGACGGAAGUCCAAAGAACUUGCACUAUGUGAAUUUACAGCGUGGGGGAAAAAUGACCAGCCCGCAUUUCAUGCUAAGGUUUACUUUGCUGUUAGCUAUUUACGGUCCAGCCUACUUUUAAAUCGCAUUUGGAAAUCUUCUUGAUAUCUGUAACUGUAUCUUUUUUUGUAAUAAAUUUUUCUUGGGUUAA